AUGACGUUUGUCAUGAUGAGGUUUGUCCUGAUGAUCUUUGUCCUGAUGAGGUUUGUCCUGAUGACGUUUGUCCUGAUGAGGUUUGUCCUGAUGACGUUUGUCCUGAUGAGGUUUGUCCUGAUGACGUUUGUCCUGAUGAGGUUUGUCCUGAUGACGUUUGUCCUGAUGAGGUUUGUCCUGAUGACGUUUGUCCUGAUGAGACUAGGGGUACAAGUACAUGCCUUUUGCGGAGCUAAAACAGGAAAGCCAUGGGACGAACGGUUUCCUGUAAGAAAAGAAGAUGUUACACCUGAUAAAAAGGGAGGCAGUAGAAAAAUGGCACAAGUUUUACCAGAAAACAUUGUGGCUCCAACUGGCGUAUACCAUAGAGCAGGGAAAGGUUGGGAACCCCUGCAUAGAGUAACCAAAAAGUAUAUACAUGUGCCAGAAAUGGUGCCAGAGUUUGUUGUGCCAGACCUUACUGGGUUUGAGCUUAAGCCUUAUGUGUCAUACAAAGCUAGAGAGAUUACUCAGUUACCUUUAACACCCCAAGACAUUUUCAAAAAUGUUUAUGCUGAAGAAAUAAAAAGUAGCUUUGAAAAGGGCGAGCUCAAAAUAGAUGACAAUAACAUUGUAUUAGCUAAUGGAAAGAAAAUAAGCAUUGACCAAUAA